GAUUCAUGCCUGUACUUGAAAAUGUUGCUUCGAACGCCAGUAUUCUAAUAGAAAGUUUUAGUUUAAAAAAUUUCAUAUAUGAGUAUUUUUGACUUAAAGUUUUGCUCUUAUUUUCUCAUUGAAUGUAACUGUUACUUUGUGUGCAGGAGAAUAAAAGAAAAUAAAUUACAAAUGUGUUAGACAAGUUGGCAUCAAAAAACGUUUUUAAAAGUUAAAACAUUAGGUUGAUAUAAAGAAUGUUUUAUUUAUUGUUGAAUGGUGUUGAUUUUGUAUCAAAAGAAUAAAACUUUUACUACAAAUAAAACCUUGACAAUUUUAUAUAACCAAACACAGCAAUGCUUGAAACAUUUUGGACAAAAUAGCACUUUUAGGCUGUAUAAAGAUAUUUUUAAACUUUUUCGCAGUUUUUCGAUACAACUGGCAAAGCAGAGUUAUCACAACUUUUUAGCAUAGUUUUCGAUGCCCAAUGCAUUUUUAAGUAUCACCUUAUACACAUUUUCCAAUUCUAUCUACCACUCUUGUGAUUAAGAAUUUAAUUUUCUUGUGUGAAUUAAUGAAUUUGUUUAUCAUCUAUUAACCACAACCUUGCUUAUUUAUUAAUUUGUGUUACUUAGCACAGCUGACAGAUUAAAUUAUUAAAGUUCUACUUCAUUAAUAGAAUUAUGCUUUAUACAUCUUUUUGCUACAUGAUAUGAUUUUUUGAAAUAAUACAUAAUAUAUAAGUAAUAUAAUACAGUAUGUAUGUAUAUUUAAACUUUUUUCCAUAGCUUGCGGUCUAAAUGUUAUAUUCUCGUUCUAACAUGGUUUGUUAAAAGUUUGUUCUAGCCAGGUUUAUAUAUACAAAGAUAAUGUUCUUUCUACUGUUUUUCUAUUAUAGUAUAAUUUCACAAUAUUACAAGCUUCAACUUUUAAAUUCCCAGAAAACAUCAAGUAAGAUCAAUGUGGUUCAGGAUGAGAAUAUCAUCAUCAUCAGGUUUAAAAUCAAAAUAUCUAUGUAGAGAACUGCUGAGAAGCAUGUAUAAAUGAGCAGCAUGGCAUUAAUAUGGGAAUUUCGCGUCCCGAAGCGGAAAGACAUGAACGACUAUUAUUUGGAGGAAAAGCGAAGCUUAGAUGCAAGAAGUUCGGAUACGCGUAGUUUAGACACAUGUUCUCUAGACACAGGGAGCAUUGUGAGCUGUUUGGAUGAAUUUAAUAUUUUGAAUCGAAUUCAAACACAAAGCAAUGAAUCGCUACACAGCAUGUACAUGGAAGUUGGUUGUGAUAAUGACCUUGCUCAUUGCGAAAGCAAGGUUGAUAACAUCGAUGAAGUCGCGAGAAGUAAAAAGUUUGAUUCAUCAAUUAAUAAUGAUGUUCUCCAACAAUACCCAUCUGUAUCGCAAACAAAAUCACACGUGGAUACUACAAUAGAACCCAACGAUGGAGAUUUGCUAAAUGUAAUAGAAAAGACUUCUUCUUCGGAGCAGAUGUUUUUUAAUGUGGGCAACCACAAUAAUCAGAUAGGAGAAUUGGAGAGCGCAUUAAAAGAAAAUAUAAAUGUUUAUAAUGGGAAAAACAAAAAGGUACGAAUGAAAGAGGAAGGAUUUAAUAAAAGAUCGCAGUGGGGGACUAAGAUAUUACAACCUGAAGAAAAAAAUAUUGUUGUACAGAACAACGGAAGCGAAAAACGCGUUCUUGGUGAAGAAAACUCUGGUAAUAAGACAUUCAAUGUUUCAUAUUUGCGUGCGGACCAAAUUAACAAAGUUUCGCCGUUCGACGACGUGCCAGGGUUUCCAAGAAACUCUGUACAACGACAGUCGUUUCGAAACAACGAAAUGCUUAGUACUCCAUCAAAAUUAUUAAAUCCUAAUAUAAAUAGAUUAACAGAAGAACUUUCGCCGAAAUCUGUACGUGUAUCUCGCGAAAAAUGGAUUCAGUUUGAAGAAUUAAAUAACCCAGCUAACCAGUUAAGUCCGUCUGCAUCUCCUUUAACUAAAUUACAUACUGGAGAACCAAUACAAAGUCCAAGCCGUCAUAAUUGGGUGUCUUUUAAUGAAACAAUGGAAAGGCCUGAUGAAAACAGUGUCGUAACAUCUCAUUUGUUUAACAGCAAAGAGGAUCAAGAUUUAGUUGAGAACAAAAUUGAAAAGAGUCUGGACAUUACAAAAGCGACCAGCGUUGAGGACUUGCUUUCUGUCGUGAACAAAACCGUCAGUUUGAUCAAAAAUUCAAUAACAAAACCAACGGAGAAGGAAAAAACUUUAUUUGAUCAACACAAGGACGAAGAGUCAGAAUUAUCGGAUGAGGUGAUAAGUUUGGACUACGAAAGUGAAGAAGAGAGAAAAAAAUUACGAGACACGCCAGUAAAACAAUACACUGACGUGUUACUAUUUCAAGCCUCGUGUGCCGCGAAAAACGAAAACAUAAAGAACGCUCUGAAUAAUUCUUUGAAAACACAAGGUCGCGAUAGUCCCGUUAUUAAUCAGGAGAAGAAGUUAGACGAGUACCCUUUGAAAAGUAACCGGAAUACCUGGAAUUUCUGGUACCGAUAUCCCGAUCGGAAAUAUCGGGUUAGCUCUAGAAAGUGGCUGCCAGUUAUUGUGAAAGUAGAGGGGGACUUUAUUAAACUUCAGAGUGAACAGAAAAACGGAUUAGACAUACUGAAAGAAAUACCCCUCCAUCCUUUUUUUGUUUUUACUAUACCUAUCAUCCACCGAGGGAAUAAAGAUGGUAGGGUGCAUUCCGUAAAAUUACAGUACGUUAAAUAUAGGGAAACGCACAGGCUAAAAACACGUGUAACGUUGGAACAUAUACCGAUUUAUACCCCAGUGUUUAAAUUAGCUAGCCGGGACAUUAUUUCACUACGCGAGUUUAUGAACAAAGUUGAAAAUAUCAUCCGUUGCAUACCUACGUAUCGAAAUAAAGGGAUUACAUAUCGCCACGAAGAAAUAUUUAUCGACAGUGACGAUGAAUGUCAGUUUUUACUUUCAGGAGAUGGAGACAUUGUACAAUACAACAUAACUGUGCAAUUACGUUUGAGAGUUUUCGUUACCGGCAGUCCAGACUUCAAGUUGUUUUUGAAUGACGUCAACUGCAAGGAUGUGUUAUGCAAGACGAAAGAAAGCUUACUGCGCGAAACCAAGUCGUCAUUACGGUGGAUUGCGCCGAAGAAAAUAGAAUACCAUCCGUGUGUAGACAUUUCAAAGUCAGAAGUUGAAGGAGGGGUGGUUUUUGUCCCACCCGAUGGGUGUAGCUUCGAGCUAAUGCGCUUUCGUGUGCAUAGAAAAAACACUAUUCCAAUAAUUGCAAAAUCAAGUUUAGAGCUCCUCUCAGGUAACUCUGUUCGCCUGCAAGCGUCGAUUCAAGUGAGUGGAGAUGCAAAAAGCAUACGUCAUAAGCGAAAUGACGUCGUAGUGUAUUUUCCCAUUCCUCCAUCUUGGAGCACUUUGUUCGUAAGGUCAAGAACGCUCAAUGGAACGAAAAAGUACAUAAAAACAAGAGGCAUAACAAAUUCUUCAACGCCAGCAAUCGCCACGUUAAAUCGAGUGACGUUGCAAGUGAGUUGUGGAAAAGCUAAAUACGAACCAGCUAUGAGCUCCAUUGCAUGGAGACUUGGUAGCUUACCAGUAAUUCAAGAUGGUAUCCCAGCCGAUGCAGUACACAAGUUUCAAUGUUGUUUAGAAUUACCGUUUCCAUUGGAAAUACGAGAUGAUUUUCAGCCUUAUUCUUAUGUAGAAUUUACUGUUGCUCAACAGUUAGCCUCUGGAGUCUCUGUGGAGGAGAUUUUAUUAUCUGACGGACGUGUACCGGACAAAUGGGUGUGUUAUCGAUCGAACUACUUUUACAAGAUUUCCAUGAAAUUGAUUGAGAAUGGAAAAGUGCGCGAACGACCGGCAAGGUGACAUCUUUAACCGAUUAGUUUUAUGAAAAGUUCUUUUUUUAUUUCACGUGUUUAUUUUUUCUCACUGUUUAAACGUUAUUUUUAGGAUAAGUUUUAUCAUACAAGAUAUUGGGACUAGUAUUCCUAUCAGUACGGAAAGGCAUUUGUUUCGCAAAUACGUAUUGUAAGAACGAAAAAUUCCUGAAAGCAGGCUUAUCACGCCUUAAAAUUCCCAAAAUCUCUUCAAUUUUAGUUUUGCAAAACUAUAUGGGAAAAUAUUCUGAUUUUUCGUCGAUAAAUAUGAAAAUUUUUUGGCAUGAUGACUCGCUCACAUUUAUUUGGGAUUUAAUUCUUUCGCAGUAAAGUUGCUCGAGGGUGCAAGUUUUCACAUUCUUUUGUUAACGUUGAUUUCGUGUUUGCUUUUUUCUGUGUUUUGCUUUUAUCUUGUUUGUUUUUUUGUUAUGUGUUUUUAUUUUCAGUCGUAAGAAAUAGAUGAUAUAUUGAGAUAAUGUAUAUAUAUAUAAAAAAUAGAAAGAUUUAUGAAUAA